AGGAGGACUGAGCCACCGGGACUUUUACUUUCAGGGAGCAAGCUGGCCCCAAACUGUUCCCCCAGAAAUACAACAGCCAGGCCAAAAUGCACUGCUUACUAGCUUGCCAGGAGAGAGGAGUGAAGGAAAUUAUAGCCUCAAAAUAAAGUGACUGAAAAGGAAGGAGGGAAGUAAAGAAAACAAGAGAAACAGGACACUAAAAUCAAACAGGAAAUAGAGGAAUAUAAUGUACUUUUGAAACAGACACACAAGACUGGGAAAGUCCAAGUGUGUGACUGGGAUUGAGCCAGAAGGUCAGAAUGAAGAACAGCUGUCAAUGUGGGCUCGAGGAGAAAGUGCAGCUGGAAGAGGAGACAUAGUAUACUGUUGCUUUGUGGCUGGGGCAACACGGAGACAAGAACAGACUGAGAUUCUUCUAUAACUUCUCUUCUUCCCUAAGAAGAACAUGGGGAAUAUGGCCCACAUUGGCCGGUAGAAGCAUGUCACCAACAGGGCUGUUACUUCUAUCAAUAUUGACUGUUCGAGGAAGUGGGUGCGAUGAUUUUAUGAAGACAACGGUCCAAAAUCUUCAAGACACUAUCAACAGAGAAAAAAGGAUUGGAUUCCCACAAGUGUUUCCCAAAAAUUACUUCGUGUCUCACUACUUCAAUGACAGCGCUCUGUGUAAUGAGCCGUGCUGUGUGUUUAGUGCUGCUGUGCUCCUAUCUAAUUCCUGGACUCAGCUUCUCUGGCAUCUCAAUAAUGUCCACCUCAAAUACAGAUUCAUCAGCGAGUUGAAACUAAAACUGGACGAAAUAGCAAAAAAGAAAUUUCUGGAACCUCCAGAUCUCUCUACUUUCCCAUCUGUUCAGUCAUCACCUGAAGGUCUACUCUCCUUCACCUCAGCCCUCUUCUCAAGAUGGCUCAAUUUGGAUUGUGCUUUUGGAGAGCAUGACUGCAUUUUCCCCACAAUUAGUGAAGAGGAUCAAGAAAAUCUGGUGUCACAGGAGGAGGGGAAUUUUGACAAUAGUGAAUUGGUGGAUGUGCAGGAGCCUGUGAUAGAAGGAGAGAUAGGUAAAAGACAGUUCGACCAUGGUCCAACCAAUGGAUACGAGUCAUCCUUCCCUGGUUUCUCUCGGUGGACCUUACCUUUUCUAUGGAUAGCAACAUGUGUGACAUCAAUCUAAUCUAAUGAGGGAGAAAGUCUAGGACAUCUGUUUUAAAUAUGACACCAAACUUGGCCUUAAGGAUUCAAGGCUUUACUUUGCCAGGACAGCUACUUUGUUUCCUUGACUUUUGUCAGUUUAAAUGCUUGUCCACUUUUGUUUUACAUGGGUAAAAAGCUUGUCAGUUUGCAUGAGUUUUCAAAGAAGUUGCUCUCUGGAUCAAGUGGUUCAUUAUUUCUGGAGGUUUCUAAAGAGCGACAAUUGUGGAUUCGCUUCUGUUAGAGAAAACAGGAUGUUUUAGAAACUGACACAUGGCCAAUAUGAUGUCUUACUCUGUUGUUUUACCACAACUAUGUACAAACGCACAUGUGAUGUUUGAUAUUUUUCCUGCAUAAUUUCUUUGCACUGAUUGUUUAAAUCACUUAUCCAGUAUUUCUUUCAUCAUAAACAGUGAAUGUGCCAUUCAUAAUAAUUCAGAUGAAAGCUGUCAAAAGUACUUAACAUUAAGCCUAACACUGUUUUCUCUGAUUAUCGCUCAGUGUUCAACUACUACACUCAAAUACUAAAAUAAAUACAAUAAGAUUGUAGAGUUGUCUAUUAGCAAAAAGAACCAUAUCAUCAGUGUUGGCUUGUCAUGCUACUCUUUUUUUUCUUUGAAGACGUUUUUAAUACGUCAUGUUUACAUUUAUUGAUUUGUUGAGGUGGAGACUGUCCAUGAAGCUUGUCAAUACUACCACAACCAAUGUUUUACUAAAAUAAAUUUAACAAUGUGU